AUGAACUGGCGGGCAACAAGCAUGAAAGACAUGUGGAAUGAUCAGCCAGAUGCAUUCCCGAGGAGUGGGAGGCAGGAAGAGGAGGAGGAGGAGCUGAAGUGGGCUGCGAUGGAGCGGCUGCCCACUUAUGAGAGGUUGAAGAAAGGGAUGUUGGGGCAUGUCAUGAGCAAUGGAAGGAUAGUGCAUGAUGAGGUUGAUGUUACAAAGCUUGCGGCUGAUGAUAAGAAGAAGUUGAUGGAUAGCAUACUAAAGGUUGUUGAGGAAGAUAAUGAAAAGUUUCUCAGGAAGCUCAGGGACAGGACUGACAGGGUGGGAAUUGAGGUUCCAAAGAUUGAAGUGAGAUUCCAGCAAUUAUCGGUAGAGGGAGAUGCAUAUGUUGGGACCAGAGCACUUCCAACUCUGUACAAUUCCACCUUAAAUGCAAUAGAGGGGGUUCUAGGACUUUGCAGGCUCUCUCCAUCGAAGAAAAGGGUAGUGAAGAUACUUCAAGAUGUGAGUGGAAUAGUGAGACCAGCAAGAAUGACUCUACUUCUUGGACCUCCUGGUUCAGGAAAAACAACAUUCCUAAAAGCACUUUCUGGAAAACUUGAUGAUGAUUUAAGGGUAACAGGAAAAGUCACCUAUUGUGGUCAUGAGUUCUCGGAAUUUGUUCCUCAGAGAACUAGUGCAUAUAUUAGCCAACAUGAUCUUCACUAUGGUGAGAUGACAGUACGCGAGACUCUGGAUUUCUCCGGACGGUGCCUGGGAGUUGGAAACAGGUAUGAAAUGCUGGCAGAAGCAUCAAGGCGUGAGAAACAAGCAGGCAUACAGCCGGAUCCUGAGAUUGAUGCAUUCAUGAAAGCCACAGCAGUGGCUGGCCAGAAAAGUAGUUUGAUGACAGAUUAUGUUCUCAAGAUACUUGGAUUGGAUAUUUGUGCUGAUACUAUGGUGGGUGAUGACAUGAGGCGGGGAAUAUCCGGAGGGCAGAAGAAGCGUGUGACUACUGGUGAAAUGUUAGUUGGGCCAGCAAGAGCCUUUUUCAUGGAUGAAAUAUCAACAGGAUUGGAUAGUUCCACCACAUUUCAAAUUGUCAAGUACAUGGGGCAGAUGGCUCAUAUUAUGGACAUAACAAUGAUCAUUUCUCUCCUGCAACCUGCACCAGAAACAUUUGACCUCUUUGAUGAUAUUAUCCUACUCUCAGAGGGUCAAAUCGUCUAUCAAGGUUCCCGUGAGAAUGUUCUUGAGUUUUUUGAACAUAUGGGCUUCCAGUGCCCCCAAAGGAAAGGGGUUGCAGACUUUUUGCAAGAAGUAACUUCCAAGAAGGAUCAAGAACAAUACUGGUUCAAAAGGAAUCAACCUUACAGAUUUAUCACUGUACCAGAGUUUGCUCAAGCCUUCAACUCCUUUUAUAUUAGCCAAAGGCUUUCUGAAGAGCUAAGAGUCCCUUAUGAUAAGUCUAGAGCCCAUCCUGGUGCUUUGUUGAGAGAAAAGUAUAGAAUCUCUAAUUGGGAACUCUUCAGGGCCUGCUUCUCAAGGGAAUGGCUACUGAUGAAACGCAAUUCAUUCGUAUACAUAUUUAAGACCACCCAGAUAACAAUCAUGGCUAUCAUAGCAUUGACUGUGUUCUUAAGAACGGAAAUGAAAGCUGGUCAAAUACAAGAUGCAGCAAAGUUUUGGGGUGCUUUGUUUUUCAGUCUCAUCAAUGUCAUGUUUAAUGGGAUGGCAGAGCUUGCCAUGACAGUUUUCAGGCUUCCUGUGUUCUAUAAACAGAGAGAUGCAUUGUUCUAUCCGGGGUGGGCUUUCGGCUUGCCCCUUUGGCUCCUCAGAAUUCCUAUUUCAGUAAUGGAGUCAGGCAUUUGGAUCAUUCUUACUUAUUACACCAUUGGUUUUGCACCUGCUGCAAGUAGGUUUUUCAAACAAUUCCUGGCUUUCUUUGGAGUUCAUCAGAUGGCUCUCUCCCUCUUCCGUUUCAUUGCAGCUGCCGGAAGAACAGAAGUUGUUGCACAAACAAUUGGAACCUUUACCUUGCUACUGGUCUUUGUGCUUGGAGGUUUUAUAGUUGCCAAAGAUGACAUUAAACCAUGGAUGAUCUGGGGCUACUAUAUUUCUCCCAUGAUGUAUGGACAAAAUGCCAUUGCUAUCAAUGAGUUUCUUGAUAAAAGGUGGAGCAGCCCCAUAAAUGGUUCUAGCCAACCCACAAUUGGAAAGACCCUCCUCAAGGAAAGAGGACUGUUUUUAGACGAAUAUUGGUAUUGGAUUUGCAUUGGAGCACUCUCGGCAUAUUCUCUUCUUUUUAACGUUCUUUUCAUUGCAGCACUGACAUUUUUGAAGCCACUUGUCGAUUCUAAAGCAGUAAUUUCAGAUGAACCCUCUGAUCACAAUACUAAGAACACUACCAGAGGGACUACAAGAUCAAGCAUGAGUUCUUCGAACAAUAAAACUCGAAGAGGAAUGGUGUUGCCCUUCCAUCCUCUUUCACUUGUUUUUGACCAUGUUAAUUACUAUGUGGAUAUGCCUGCUGAAAUGAAGAGUCAAGGGAUUGUAGAGAGCAGAUUACAACUGCUACAAGAUGUCAGAGGUGCUUUCAGGCCAGGUGUCUUAACAGCUUUAGUAGGAGUUAGUGGUGCUGGAAAGACAACCUUGAUGGAUGUUUUAUCAGGAAGGAAGACUGGUGGGUACAUUGAAGGUAGUAUAAGCAUUUCUGGUUACCCGAAAAACCAAGCUACAUUUGCUCGAGUUAGCGGUUAUUGUGAACAAAAUGACAUCCAUUCUCCUUAUGUGACUGUCUAUGAAUCUCUUUUGUAUUCGGCAUGGUUGCGUCUUGCUUCAGACGUAAAGAAGGAAACAAGAAAGAUGUUUGUUGAAGAAGUCAUGGAACUAGUUGAGCUUAACCCACUGAGGAAUGCUUUAGUCGGACUUCCAGGAGUAGAUGGUCUUUCAACUGAACAGAGAAAGAGGCUCACAAUAGCUGUAGAGUUGGUAGCCAAUCCCUCCAUAAUCUUUAUGGAUGAACCUACAUCAGGUCUUGAUGCUAGAGCUGCUGCAAUUGUUAUGCGCGCUGUAAGGAACACAGUAGAUACUGGCCGAACUGUUGUGUGCACAAUCCACCAACCAAGCAUAGAUAUCUUUGAAGCUUUCGAUGAGCUACUUUUGAUGAAAAGAGGAGGGAGAGUUAUUUAUGCUGGACCCCUAGGUCCUCAUUCGCACAAACUUGUUGAGUACUUUGAGAGUAUUCAAGGGGUUCAAAAAAUUAGAGAUGGGUACAAUCCUGCCACAUGGAUGUUAGAAAUCAGCUCCACUGCAGUUGAGACUCAACUCCACAUUGAUUUUGCAGAAGUUUAUGCCAAUUCGAACCUCUAUAGGAGAAAUCAGGAACUCAUUAAGGAGCUAAGCACUCCACAACUAGGUUCCAAGGAUCUUUACUUCCCAACCCGCUACUCACAAAGCUUCUUAACUCAGUGCAAGGCUUGCUUCUGGAAACAACACUGGUCUUACUGGAGGAAUUCGCACUACAAUGCAAUCCGGUUUUUCAUGACAGUUGUUAUUGGUAUCUUAUUUGGUGUAAUCUUUUGGGGAAAAGGAGACAAGAUACACAAACAGCAAGACCUGAUCAACCUGUUGGGAGCAACUUACGCAGCUGUUCUUUUCCUCGGAGCCUCCAACGCUUCUGCGGUGCAAUCUGUUGUGGCAAUUGAGAGAACAGUAUUCUACCGUGAGCGAGCAGCAGGAAUGUAUUCCGAGUUGCCUUAUGCCUUUGCUCAGGUGGCUAUAGAAACAAUUUAUGUUGCAAUACAGACAUUCAUCUAUGCACUUCUGCUAUAUUCCAUGAUUGGAUACCAGUGGAAGGUGGCCAAGUUCUUGUAUUUCUAUUACUUCAUAUUCAUGUGCUUCACAUACUUUUCAAUGUACGGAAUGAUGGUGGUUGCCCUAACUCCUGGACACCAGAUUGCUGCCAUUGUUAUGUCUUUCUUCCUCAGCUUCUGGAACUUGUUUUCUGGUUUCCUCAUUCCUAGACCGCUAAUCCCAAUAUGGUGGAGGUGGUACUACUGGUGUUCCCCAGUAGCUUGGACAAUCUAUGGCAUUUUCACAUCUCAAGUAGGUGAUAAUAAGAGUUUACUCGAUAUCCCGGGUGCAACACCAAAGGCAGUUGAUGCAUUCCUUAAGGAGUACCUAGGAUACGACUACGACUUUCUUGUACCAGUAGUCCUUGCUCAUGUUGGUUGGGUACUCCUCUUCUUCUUUGUAUUUGCCUAUGGUAUCAAAUUCCUCAACUUCCAAAGAAGAUGA